CAGGCAGCAUGUACAAGAGAACGAGAGGAUCGAGGCCAAUGAACAAGGCUCUGUCUACCUCUAAGUAAACAUGGAGCGAUCCUGACACACUGAGCCCCAGCCUCAUUAGUGCAAUGGAGCUGUCUGAGGUGACUCUGGAAAUUGACUUGGAUUCCCUCUUGGCCCGUGAUGUCAAAUUGUACCCUUCAAGUUUACCCAAGACUGCAGUUUUGGUUGGAUUCAUUGCAGCCAUUGCCUUCAGUGUGGUGGGUAGUGUGCUUAAUCUGGUGACCUUGUACACGUUUUGCAGUUGCAAGAAGCUCAGGCAGCAUUCCACCACCAGUUUUGUGAUCUCAUUGACAGUGUCAGACUUGUUAUAUUGCGCUUUCUGUCUCCCGGUUACCGCCGACACUUUUGCUCAUUGCCAAAUAUGUCACGUGGAAUGGCUUUGUCGAUUGUAUGCUUUCGCAUUUUAUUGGAAUAUCACAGCAAUGAUGUUGAAUCAAUGUGCGGUGGCCUUCAAUCGAUACAUUACCGUGUGUUUCCCAGUCAAGGCACCUAUCAAGUUCACUUUGAGGAACAAUCUGAUCCUCAUCUUUGUCACGUGGUUAAUACCAUUUGUCUGCCUUCUCAUGCCCUUAACGAACACGUGGGGUUCCUUGGGUUUCGAUGAGGGCACUGGAACUUGUACCUUUGCGGUGGAACCAGGACAUGGAACAAUCCCUAGAAGGGUGUACUUUGCCAUCGGUUUGGGAAUCCCAACCCUGAUAAUUCUCUUCUGUUACGUUAACAUAUAUCUAACUUUUAAGCAAUCCAGUCAGAGAAUUAGGGAACAGGAGAGUGGAAAUUUAAACUCGUCUCAUGUAGAGAGCUCGGCACACAGCCCUUCAUCUCCUCCCUCCGAAAAAGAGGAUUAUGAGAUGCUGGAAGUAGCUAAUGCCACUCUUAGUGGAACCAAUCAAGAAGAAACCAAUAGAUUGGAAAGAUUGUUCCAAAGGGAAAAUAGAAGGGCGAACUCUCUCAAGGGCCCAGUCAAGAAAACAAUUCUAAAAAGAAGUCUGACCGAGAGCAGAAUCCCUGUACAGGGCCGUGAAAAUAAAUACAUGUCUUUUACCGGUUCCACUUUAAGCAUAGAGAGUCCCCUGAAGAACUCCAUGCCAAAUCAGCGCCGUUAUAGCGAGGCGGUAACUGUCAGAGCCAAAGAGCGGGAAUUGCGACGAGAAAAGAACGAACAACGAAUAACUACGACACUUUUUGCCAUUUUUGUCGCAUUCAUCACCUGCACAGUUCCUCCAGCCUUUGUCCUAUCCAUUGAUCCCGAGGCCAAAAAGUUUCCCAAUUGGCACAUCCCAUCCUACAUUUUCGGCUGGAUGUUUGGCGUGGUCAAUCCAAUCAUCUACGUGGCCUUUAAUCAAACGUACCGCGAGGCCUUUCGCGUAACACUCUCAGCGUUGAUUGAAAAAAUAUCCAAGCCAUCUCCAGCCAAUCAAGUCUAAGAAAAUAAAUGAAAUGGUGCCUCUU